AAACCUCCUCUCCGCUUCCCGCCCCAUUCUGGGAGAGGACUACUGGCUGUGCUCCAGGAUAAACUUCCACCAAGGCGAGCAAUAACAUAAAGUCAAGGAGAAGGUCAGGGGAGCCCUUAAAAAGGCCUUCUUGCACCCUAAGGUGGGUGAAGCCACUCCACAGCUCUUUGUCCUGCCUGCUGCCACCCGGACACAAUGUGGGUGCUCUUGGCUGUCUUUCUGCUCACCCUCGCCUAUUUAUUUUGGCCCAAGACCAAGCACUCUGGUGCCAAGUACCCCAGGAGCCUCCCAUCCCUGCCCCUGGUGGGCAGCCUGCCGUUCCUCCCCAGACGUGGCCAGCAACACGAGAACUUCUUCAAGCUGCAGGAAAAAUAUGGCCCCAUCUAUUCCUUUCGUUUGGGUUCCAAGACUACUGUGAUGAUUGGACACCACCAGUUGGCCAGGGAGGUGCUUCUCAAGAAGGGCAAGGAAUUCUCUGGGCGUCCCAAAGUGGCCACUCUAGACAUCCUGUCAGACAACCAAAAGGGCAUUGCCUUUGCCGACCAUGGUGCCCACUGGCAGCUGCAUCGGAAGCUGGUACUGAAUGCCUUUGCCCUGUUCAAGGAUGGCAACCUGAAGUUAGAGAAGAUCAUUAAUCAGGAAGCCAACGUGCUGUGUGAUUUCCUGGCUACCCAGCAUGGACAGUCCAUAGAUCUGUCCGAGCCUCUCUCUCUGGCGGUCACCAACAUAAUCAGCUUUAUCUGCUUCAACUUCUCCUUCAAGAAUGAGGAUCCUGCCCUGAAGGCCAUACAAAAUGUCAAUGAUGGCAUCCUGGAGGUUCUGAGCAAGGAAGUUCUGUUAGACAUAUUCCCUGCGCUGAAGAUUUUCCCCAGCAAAGCCAUGGAAAAGAUGAAGGGUUGUGUUGAGACGCGAAAUGAAUUGCUGAAUGAAAUCCUUGAAAAAUGUCAGGAGAACUUCACCAGCGACUCCAUCACUAACUUGCUGCACAUACUGAUGCAAGCCAAGGUGAAUGCAGACAAUAACAACGCUGGCCCAGACCAGGAUUCAAAGCUGCUUUCAAACAGACACAUGCUCGCUACCAUAGCGGACAUCUUCGGGGCUGGUGUAGAGACCACCACCUCUGUGAUAAAGUGGAUCGUGGCCUACCUGCUACACCAUCCUUCGUUGAAGAAGAGGAUCCAGGAUAGCAUUGACCAGAAUAUAGGUUUCAAUCGCACCCCAACCAUCAGUGACCGGAACCGCCUUGUCCUGCUGGAGGCGACCAUCCGAGAGGUGCUCCGAAUCCGGCCUGUGGCCCCUAUGCUGAUCCCCCACAAGGCUAUCAUUGACUCCAGCAUUGGCGACCUUACCAUUGACAAGGGCACAGACGUUGUGGUCAACCUGUGGGCACUGCAUCACAAUGAGAAGGAGUGGCAGCAGCCUGACCUGUUCAUGCCCGAGCGCUUCUUGGACCCCACGGGUACGCAACUCAUCUCGCCAUCGUUAAGCUACUUGCCCUUUGGAGCCGGACCCCGCUCCUGUGUAGGUGAGAUGCUAGCCCGCCAGGAGCUCUUCCUCUUCAUGUCCCGGCUGCUGCAGAGGUUCAACCUGGAGAUCCCGGAUGAUGGGAAGCUGCCCUCUCUGGAGGGCAAUCCCAGUCUCGUCUUGCAGAUCAAACCUUUCAAGGUGAAGAUCGAGGUGCGCCAGGCCUGGAAGGAAGCCCAGGCUGAGGGUAGCACCUCAUGACUCCACCCUAUGUGACCCCCACCCCACACAAUUAGAGGAGCUCCCCCACCCUCUCCCACCAUUCCUUCUUCCUCCCCGCCCCCUCUGCUUUCUUUCCCAGCCUGCAGCCCUGGCAGUGAUGUGCAUAAAACAGUUUCUUUCUCCAAAGGUCCUUGAGCAGCUCA